ACUACGAGCUGCACAGCCAUGGGUUCAGAUAAAGGCUGCAUGGAUACACAAGAGCGACGACCCAUAUUGGGUGCCGCCUGCAAGCGGCAGGGCCACCGGUGUCUGCGGAAAAAGCUGAGGCCUGUGCGAAUCUUGGGGUUAAUGGUCAGCCUAGUGGCCUUAAGUGCUGUCUCCUUCAGUGCCUUGACCAGGAGCUCAGGUGGUCUCAGUGAGCCGGCGCUCCCCCAGGAGAGUCUCCACCAGUCCGCCCCCCACAGAACUCUGCUGUUCAGCCAACACCAGAUGGACCCCAAUGUGUCAGCAGACGAACCAAUAGCCAUGAAAUCGACAGAAAAUAGCAACAUGAGCCAGGGGGAUUACCCACCAGACGCGUUCACCCUUGAGCAGCGGCGCCAAGGGGCGGUGGCCUUCCACAUGUUUGGCAUGAUCUACAUGUUCAUUGCCUUAGCCAUAGUGUGCGACGAGUUUUUUGUCCCGGCGCUCACAGUCAUCACCGAGAAGCUGACCAUUUCGGAUGACGUGGCGGGCGCCACCUUCAUGGCGGCGGGCGGCUCGGCCCCGGAACUCUUCACCUCCAUCAUCGGCGUCUUCAUCUCACACAGCAACGUGGGCAUCGGCACCAUCGUGGGCUCGGCCGUCUUCAAUAUCCUCUUUGUCAUCGGGAUGUGCGCCAUCUUCUCCAAGGAGAUCCUCAACUUGACAUGGUGGCCGCUCUUCCGCGACGUCUCCUUCUACAUCCUGGAUCUGAUCCUGCUCAUCAUCUUCUUCCUGGAUAACAUCAUCUCCAUGUGGGAAAGUAUCACGCUGCUCUCGGGCUACGCCGCCUACGUGAUCUUCAUGAAGUUCAACAGCAAUAUGGAGGGCUUUAUCAAAGGCUGCAUGAACCAGAAUCAAGUGGUAGAAGUGGCGGUGCAGCCCAAGGAUGAGAAGCUAAGUCCUGGGGCACCGGAGGAUGACGGCAAGCUGUCGGCGAGGCCUCGACUGCAGAGGGGGGGUAGCUCCGCCUCCCUGCACAACAGCUUGAUGAGGAACAGCAUUUUCCAGCUGAUGAUUCACACGCUAGACCCACUAAGUGAAGAAUUUGCUGACUCUGAGCUUGGGACUUAUGGGAAACUAAAAUAUUAUCACUCAAUGACUGAGGAAGGUAAAUUCCGAGAGAAGGCGUCCAUCCUUCACAAGAUCGCUAAGAAGAAAUGCCAGGUGGAAGACAGUGAGAAGGCAAAUGGAGUGGCAAGCCGUUCAGAUAAGAACCUUCCGAACAGCUCCAGCGUGGAAGUGGAAGUGACACCACCCAUGAACGGAACGGCAGUGCAAGAGGGAGAGACGGCCGAGGAUGAGGAGGAAGAGGACCAGCCCCUGAGUCUGUCCUGGCCCGACACCAACCGCAAGCGCCUCACCUACCUCUUAAUCAUACCCAUCGUCCUCCCACUCUGGCUCACGCUGCCUGACGUCAGGAAACCGACGGCAAAGAAGUUCUUCCCCAUCAGCUUCGUGGGCUCCAUCUGCUGGAUCGCAGGCUUCUCGUACCUAAUGGUGUGGUGGGCUCACCAGGUUGGAGAGACCAUUGGGAUUACAGAGGAGAUUAUGGGCCUGACUAUAUUAGCAGCUGGAACCUCCAUCCCUGACCUCAUCACCAGUGUCAUUGUGGCACGCAAGGGGCUGGGGGAUAUGGCCGUCUCCAGCUCCGUCGGCUCCAACAUCUUCGACAUCACCGUCGGACUGCCGUUCCCCUGGCUCCUCUGGUCCUUCUUCAAUGGCAUGCAACCGGUGCAGGUCAGCUCCAACGGCCUCUUCUGCGCCAUCGUGCUCCUCUUCCUCAUGCUCCUCUUCGUCAUCAUCUCCAUCGCCGCGUGCAAGUGGCGCAUGAGCAAGCUGCUCGGCUUCAUCAUGUUCAUGCUGUAUUUCGUCUUCCUGGUGGUCAGCGUCAUGCUGGAGGACAAGGUCAUUGCCUGUCCGGUGUCCGUCUGA